UCCCCCUAGCGGUGUGAAGCAUUUUCUGAUACACCCGGGAGACAGUAAGUGGGCAGGCUCUCCAUAAACCGGCUCUGGUCUUUGAUUCCGCUGUUUUGUUGAGCUGGAGGAGGCGUGGCCUUCAAAUGACUGAUUCAUAAAAUUACCAAUUAUGUGCUAGUAUUUCAGAGCUUUUCAUUCUUUUAUCCAAUCAGCUGUAUGAGCUGACACAGCGAUCCUGACGACAACAGAAGUGAGCGUGCAGCGCUCAGAACGGUCCGUCUGGAAACAGAAGCUGUGUGUGUGGUGCUGUAUUAGGUGUGUGUGUGUGUGAGGUGUGUGUGGAGAGUGUGUGAGGUGUGUGUGGUGUGUGUGGUGAAGGUACCGGCCCUGAGGAGCUGCUUCAUAUCUGGGUCUACAGAUGGGUUCGCAGGGGUUCCAACUGGGAGAGGUUUUCUCUUACGAAAGUCUCGUGCACGCAGUGGCUGGAGCUACGGGCAGUGUGACGGCGAUGACUGUGUUCUUUCCUCUGGACACGGCAAGGCUUCGGCUGCAAGUGGAUGAGAAGCGAACUGCCAGGUCCACUCCAGCCAUCCUGGCAGAGAUCAUCAAGGAGGAGGGCCUGUUGGCUCCCUAUAGAGGCUGGUUUCCAGUUAUCUGCAGUCUCUGCUGCUCCAACUUCGUCUACUUCUACUGCUUCCACAGUGUGAAGGCAACGUGGCUCCGGGGUCAGCGAUCAACCCCAGGGAAGGACCUCAUCAUUGGCAUUGUGGCAGGUGUAGUGAAUGUUCUUGUGACUACACCGCUCUGGGUUGUCAACACCAGACUGAAGCUGCAGGGGGCGAAGUUCAGGAACGAAGACAUACAACCUACACACUACAGGGGAAUUGUGGAUGCAUUAGUGCAGAUAGUGCAGAGUGAGGGAGUUUCUGCGCUGUGGAACGGGACGUGUCCGUCUCUGUUGCUGGUGCUGAACCCUGGCAUCCAGUUCAUGAUCUAUGAGGCUCUGAAGAGGCAGCUGAGGAGAGGAGUGCUCCAAGAGCUGUCGUCUCUGGAGGUGUUUGUUAUUGGAGCUGUGGCGAAGGCUGUGGCCACUACAGUGACCUACCCACUGCAGACCGUACAGUCCAUCCUACGGUUUGGUCAGCACAGGCAGCAGCGAGAACAGUCUAAACUACUGAGCAGCUUACGGAGUGUCACAUACCUGCUCAUCAACAGAGUCAGGAGGUCUGGUAUACUGGGGUUGUUUAAAGGCCUGGAGGCCAAACUGCUCCAAACGGUGCUCACCGCUGCCCUCAUGUUCCUGCUGUACGAGAAGAUCGCUGCUGCCACAUUCAGAGUAAUGGGGGUCAAGCAGCCUUUGACGUCCCGCUGAGCUCGGAAGUUUUAUUGAGAUUUAAAAUGGUGAUGAUUAUAGGAAUGAUGAUGAUGAUGAUGACGAUGAUUGCGAUUGUGAUUUGAAGACUUUGGAGCUGCACAGGGCGCCAAACAACAGAUGGUUUAACUGCAGUUUCUGUAAACUGUACAGUGAGGUGGUCAGAUAACGGGAUGAUCAGAUUUCAUCUCGGCUUUACUGAAGGACUCAGUAUCAGUGGUGCUCAGGCUACUUUACAGAGUGAUGGUUUGUACAGUAAACACUGCUGUACUUUAUUUUCAUUAUCAUACAAAUGUUUUGGAAACGAUACAAAUAACAUAUAGAUUUUAUGAAGUGUCAAUAAGCAAACAAAUAGGUACUGGUAUAUAUGAUUUCUGUCUUGGCCUCAUUUAAAUAAAUAAAAAAAAGACAUCUAGGCCUUUAUCUCUUUAAGCCAGCUCACUAGAACAGUCAAGAACCUAGAUCCGGUUUGGGUCAGCAUAACACUGGUUUCUAAAAAGAUGUGCCAUGAAGCCUGAAAAGUUAAUAUACUCUGUUUUCUGCACAUUUGAAUAAGCAGUUUAAGUUGAUUUUUAUAAAAAAUAAAUUAAACAUGCCAUUAA